AUGAACAUUGUGGCGGCUGGCAGAAUCAUCAUCGCGCUUCGCGGUCCAAGUGACGGGGUACAGAGCUCCCUCGGUCUCCUCGUCAUCACGCUUCGUGGUCCAAGUGACGGGGUACAGAGCCCCCUCGGUCUCCUCGUCAUCACGCUUCGCGGUCCAAGUGACGGGGUACAGAGCUCCCUCGGUCUCCUCGUCACCACGCUUCGUGGUCCAAGUGACGGGGUACAGAGCUCCCUCGGUCUCCUCGUCAUCACGCUUCGUGGUCCAAGUGACGGGGUACAGAGCUCCCUCGGUCUCCUCGUCAUCACGCUUCGUGGUCCAAGUGACGGGGUACAGAGCCCCCUCGGUCUCAUCACCAUUGCGUUUAGCCAUAUCGACCUGGCCGACUUUAAGAGUGGGAAGAGCGGACACAGCGGCCGCGUAUAA